AUGUUUAAGCAAUUACACAUCAACAUCCUGUUUGCUGAAGCACUAGAGCAGAUGCCUAAGUAUGCUAAGUUUCUCAAGGAUGUUCUCUCCAAGAAGAAGAGAUUUAGUGAAUUUGAAAUAGUAGCCCUUACAGAAGAUUGUAGUGCCAUCUUGCAGAGAAAACUCCCACCCAAAUUGAGAGAUCCGGGCAGUUUUUAUAUUCCAUGCAACAUAGGCAAACACUUCAAUGGAAAAGCUCUAUGUGAUUUGGGAGCAAGUAUUAACCUGAUGCCUUUAGCUGUUUUCAAUCGAUUAAAUUUGGGUGAAGCAAGGCCAACAACUGUUACAUUGCUCUUUGCUAACAGAAGUAUCUCACACCCAAAAGGGGUUAUAGAAGAUGUCUUGGUGGAGGUAGAUAAAUUCAUAUUCCCAGAUGAUUUCAUUAUGUUAGACUGUGAGGUAGAUUGGAACAUCCCCAUUAUUUUGGGAUGGCUAUUCUUAGUUACCGCAAGGACCCUCAUUGACGUAGAAAAGGGUGAGAUCACCAUGCGAGUAAAUGAUGAGAAGGUGAUAUUCAACAUGAAUCAAGCCCUGAAGUUUCCAGAUGAUUCUCUUCACUGUAAUUCUAUCGAUGUGAUUGACUUUGCAGUGCAAGAAGAGUUGAUUAACUCUUUGACCAAAGAUCCCUUGGAAGCAUUGUUGAUCAGAGAAACAAGUAGUAUUGAUGGCAAGGUUGAAGCAUAUGCAGAAAUGAUGAGUAUUGAAGCAUUUCCUUAUCAAAAAGCUAAGACUUUUGAACCUCUUGAUGUAACUAGUGCUUUAAGCUCUCCACUAAAGCCUUCUACUGAUGAACCAUCGGUGUUGGAGUUAAAGACUUUACCUUCACAUCUCAAGUAUGCUUACUUGGGUAGUUCUGCUACAUUACCUGUGAUUGUUUCUUCUCAGUUGUCCACAUUGCAAGAGGAGAAACUGUUAAGGGUCUUGAGAAACCACAAGAAAGCUAUUGGGUGGUCCAUAGCUAAUAUCAAAGGGAUCAACCCUUCUUUGUGCAUGCACAAGAUUUUAUUAGAAGAUGGUCACAAACCUUCUAUUGAGCAUCAAAGGAGAUUAAACCCGGUUAUGAAAGAGGUGGUCAAGAAAGAGAUCCUUAAAUGGCUUUUUGCUGGCAUAGUAUACCCUAUUUCUGAUGGCUCAUGGGUGAGCUUAGUUCAAUGCGUCCCUAAGAAAGGCAGUAUAACUGUAGUGGCUAACACCCGAAAUGAGCUAGUUCCAACUCAUACUGUGACUGGGUGGAGAAUUUGCAUAGACUAUCGAAAGUUAAAUGCAACAACCAGAAAAGACCAUUUCCCAUUGCUAUUUAUUGAUCAGAUGUUAGAUAAGCUUGCUAGGCAUGAAUUCUUUUGUUUCUUGGAUGGAUAUUCAGGCUACAACCAAAUUGUAAUAGCCCCAGAUGAUCAAGAGAAAACAACCUUUACUUGCCCGUAUGGCACAUUUGCUUUCAAAAGAAUGCCGUUUGGUCUUUGCAAUGCUCCAGCAACAUUCCAAAGGUGCAUGAUGGCCAUUUUUGCUAACAUGAUUGAGAAGACAAUUGAAGUGUUCAUGGAUGACUUCUCCGUUUUUGGAGAUUCUUUUGAUUGCUGCUUAGAUAAUCUGGCGGCUAGGGCAUUGUCCUUUGGUCAUCGAGUGUCCAAACAGAGCCUAGAAGUUGACAAGGCAAAGGUAUCUGUUAUUGAGCAAUUGCCUCCACCAAUAAGUGUUAAGGGUAUUAGAAGUUUCUUGGGUCACACAGGAUUCUACCUUCAUUUCAUUAAAGAUUUUUCUAAAAUCACUAAGCCUUUUUGCAAUUUGUUGGAGAAAGAUAGGGAGUUCAAGUUCGAUAAUGCUUGUAUGAACUCUUUUGAGGAGUUAAAGAAAAAGCUUACAUCAGCACCAAUUUUAGUGGCACUUAAUUGGGAGCUACCCUUUAUCAUUAUGGCAGAUGCUAGUGAUUUCGCUGUUAGAGCAGUACUGGGACAAAAAGCAGAAAAGGUCUUCUAUCCCAUCUACUAUGCAAGUAAAACCCUGGAUGAUGCUCAACUUAACUACACUACUACAGAGAAAGAAUUGUUGGCAGUGGUGUUUGCUUGUGAGAAAUUCUGCUCUUAUAUUGUAGGCACUAAAGUGACUAUCUAUACAGAUCACUCUACCCUAAAGUACUUGUUUACCAAGAAAGAUUCCAAAACACGCCUGAUUCGUUGGGUCCUUUUGCUUCAAGAAUUUGACUUGGAAAUUGUUGAUAGGAAGGGCACUGAAAACCAAUUGGCAGACUAUCUGUCUCGGUUGAGUAGUGAAGCUCAACAUGAUCAUUGCCAAGAGAUCAAUACAACUUUCCCCGAUGAAUGCCUGUUCUUUGUGGAUAACUUGACUACUCCAUGGUAUGCAGAUCUGGUUAAUUAUUUGGUUUGUGGAACUCCGCCACUAGACCUUAACUCCCACCAAAAGAGGAAAUUCCUUCAUGAUGUGAAGAUGUACUUCUGGAAAGAGCCUUAUUUGUUCAAAAGAUGUGCCGAUCAGAUGAUAAGAAAAUGUAUUCUGGAAGUUGAGCAGUAA